UUCAUAGACGUGUACUAGUUUGUUCCUGAAAACCAUGGUUCAUGAGAGAACUGCUUUCUCAUUCCUCAUUAUGUCCUCAUGAUCUACUGUAAUUGCUACCCUCUACCCUCUACAGUCUGGCAUAUUUGGCUGGGUAAUAGUUAUUCUUCUGAAGCAUAUUUGCAUGAAGGGGAUGCAUUUAACCAUUAAAUAUGCCUUAAUUAAACAAUGCGAAAACACUUUCAUACUUCUCAGUCUGUCAAUACAUGAACAGUGAAUGUGUAUGUGAUACACUUUAAAGAACACAAUAAAUCAGAAAUGGUUUUAGCAUCUUUUUCCUUUAAGACAAUUGAUUUAAUAGUGUUUGCUAUUGGCAGAUGGUUGUAGCACUUAAACCCUCAUUCAGGAGCAAAAAUGGUUGACGUAAAUCCAAUUACAUGGCCAGAGCCUAUUGACGAGUGAGCCUAUUUAAAUCACUUGGAAGUGGACAACAGCAAAGGUUACAGCAGAACCUUUGAUGCAUACAUGUUCUUAGACAGUUGCUUUAGUCUUGCUUUCUUGGAAGUGUAAUUGCUCAUGUGCAUAGGAAUUGCUUGAUUGAGUGUUUGACUGAAUGAAUACUGUAAACUGCUCUAAGUAACACUUAACAAGACGUCACUCCCGGAGAGAAGGGAAACCCAGUUAUACAGAGGAUCUGAAACUUGGAUAUAGGAGAAACUGAUGUCAAGGUGGAUUUCUCUUGGAUGCAAUGUUGUUCCGAUGCACGGGAGUAGUGGGGCCAGCCUAUUGUCAGCCAGAACCCGGAGACUUGAUAGAGAUAUUCCGUGGAACUUAUCAACACUGGGCCCUGUACAUAGGAGAGGGUGACAUAGUCCAUCUAGCUCCUCCUUCUGAAAUUACAGGGCCUGGUCCAAACCGAUUGAUGUCCGUGAUGUAUGAUAAAGCAACCGUGCUGAAAGAGGAGCUGACCGAGGUGGUAGGAAAGGACCGAUUCCAUGUAAACAACCUGCUGGACAAGAAGCAUGCGCCGAGGCACGUGUGUGCCAUAAUGAGGGAUGCCCACCGCCUUCUGGGCCUGGAGUUGCCUUAUUGUGUGCUACGGGGCAACUGUGAACACUUUGUCACUGAGCUACGAUAUGGUAGGGCAGAGUCUCAACAGAUUCAUUAUGCAGUGAAAGUAGGUGUCAGGGCUCUUGCAGUAAGUAUGAAGAUUCUGACAGAGGCGUGGAGGCGUCGAGGGAAAAAGGGACAGAGAAUGCUUCACUAACAUCUUAGAAACCUAUAAUAAUGUCUAUGUUGUGCCUUUCAUGUUAUGUUCUUUAAAAUAUAUAUAUUUUUAUACACACGUCACAUGUAAUAUGUGUUAAUGUUAUGAUUAUCAGCAAUAUGCAUAGGCCUACCUGUACUCAAAGAAAACAUGUAUAACAAUAUUUUUAUAUUCCAUAAGCCUAAAAAGGUGAAAUGUCAUUGGUCAUCUGUGUGAGUGGUUAAAUACGGUAAAAGUAUCCUCCCCAUCAAUACAUUUGUGAAAUGUCUUACUGUGUAUCCAUCUUACAUCCAACCAAAUAAAAACAAACUCACAAUUAAAAUAAUGUCUAAAAUAAUUGCUCUGGUCUAUUGCUCAGU